AUGAUGGAGUACACUGGGACCGUGGUGGCGUCCCUUAUUGGGCUUUUGGCGCUGAACAUUGUUUACAAUUUAUAUUUCCAUCCGUUGUCGAAAUUCCCUGGUCCGAAGAUUGCCGCUGCUUCAUUCUUCUAUGAGUUCUACUACGAUGUCAUCAAGAGUGGCAUGUACAUUUGGGAAAUCGAGCGCAUGCACGAGAUAUACGGACCAAUCGUGCGCAUCAACCCACGAGAAAUACACAUCAAAGACUCACACUACUACGACGAAAUCCACGCCGGCAGCGCGCGCAAAAGAGCAAAAGAUCCCAAAUACGCCAUAGCCUUUGGCGCCCCUUAUUCCCUAGUAGGGACAAUAGGCCACGACCACCACCGCUUCCGCCGCAAUAUCCUGAAUAACUACUUCUCCAAGCGCAGCGUGCAAAGCCUGACGCCGCUGAUCCACGAAAAAGUCGACAAACUAAUUAGCAAUUUUGAAAACGCCCACAAGGCCGGCACGGUCCUUCGGCUUCAUCUGGAUUUUGCGGCUUUGACGGCUGAUGUCAUUACCCAUUAUUCUUACGGCUGGAGCCACGGCUACCUGGAUGAGAGUAGUGGCUGUCUUAAGAAUGAUCUUGUGGAUGCGGUGAACGGGUUGAUGGUUAUGUGGCAUAUUAACCGAUUCUUCCCGUUCCUGAUUACGGUUUUUAGGGCUGCACCGCCGGCACUGUUGCGUUGGUUGCAGCCCUGUAUGGCUGAUUUGUUUGAUUUGAAGAGUCGGUUGCGGCGACAGGCUGCUGAGACAGUUCAGAAACAGGAAGAAAGGAAGAAGAGAGAGGACAAGGAAAAGAGUGGGACUGUGGACCAGGGCCAGGAGGAGCGCUCGACCGUUUUUGAUGCGUUGACUAGCUUGGAUGUGCCGGCGAAUGAACGCGGUCUUGAUCGGCUGGAGGAUGAAUCGGCGUUGCUUCUUGGCGCUGGGACUGAGACUACUGCCCGUGCGAUUGCCGUGUCUAUGUUUUAUCUCACGAAGAAUAAGGAAAUUCUAGCCAAGCUGCGACUUGAGUUGAAGAGUGUGCUUCCGACGCCUCUGUCUAGGGCUUCGUGGACGGAUUUGGAGAAAUUGCCAUACUUGACAGGCGUUGUAAACGAAGGUCUUCGCCUUAGCCAUGGCAUGACAGCCCGCCUAGCGCGGGUCUCGCCGACCGAGCCCAUGAUCUACAAGGACUGGGCAAUCCCCGCCGGAACCCCAGUCAGCCAAUCAAAUUACUUCGUCCACAUGGACUCAACACUCUUCCCUGACCCUGGAACUUUCGAUCCAGAGCGCUGGGUGCGCGCAGCAGAGAAAGGCGAAUACCUCAGUCGCUUCAUUGUCUCCUUCACAAAGGGGAGCAGGCAAUGUCUCGGAAUGAAUCUUGCCUAUGCCGAGAUUUACCUAGCUUUGGCACAUAUUGCGCGUCGGAUUGAUUUUGAACUUUACGAGACUACCGUUGAUAAUAUCACUGUUUAUCGUGAGUUGGGCAUUGGAUGUCCCAAGACUGGUCUUUUGGGGGUUAGGGCUACUGUAUCGGGAAUUGUGAAGGUGUGA